CGCGGGUGUCCCCUCCUCCCGGGGCGGGGCGGGGGCCGAUGGCGGAGCCGCUGCGGAGCGCAGGCCCGAGCGCCGUGUACCGCUCGCGGGACCCCGUGGGCAGCCUGCGCCUGCGGGUGAGGCUGCAGCGGGUCUCGGCCGCCGGGUCGCUCCUACCGCUGCCGCCGCCGCUCGCCGGGACCGGGGAGAAACGGCGAGAACGGGAGGAGGAGGAGGAGGAGGUGGAGGAGGCGGAGGUGGCCUGGCAGGAGAAACUGUUCAGCCAGUUUGAGGUGGAUCUGUACCGGCAUGAGUCCGCCUGCCAGACCCCGCUGGACCGAGAGUACCGCAAAGAGAUCUUGAAGCUGGAGAAGGCUGGAGGGCGGAAGAACCGUCGUGUCUUCACCUACACAGAUCAUGACCGAUUCACCAACCUGGAGGAGCGCUGCCAGAAGGUCACUGAUUCAGAUCAUGAGGUUCCAUCAUUUCUGGCAGAGAGGAUGGCCAACGUGAGGAGGCGAAGACAAGACCGUAGGCCAAUAGAAGCAAGUUCUCUGAAGUCAAAAAUCAUCACCUGGGAACCCUCAGAAGAGUUUAUAAAGAACAAUCAUGUUAUUAACACUCCUGUCCAGACCAUGUACAUCAUGGGAGACAUGGGACCUUAUGGGAAGCUUGGCCACAGGGAGUAUGAACAUGUUCUCUGCACAAUCAAAGUGGACAGCAAUGGGGUGAUCACAGUGAAGCCAGACUUUACUGGCACCAAAGGGGCCUAUCGGAUCGAGCUGGAUGGGGAGAAGCGAGAGGUGUGGAAAUACACCAUUGAGAAUGCGUCUGUCCAAAUGCAGCCAGAGGAGGAGGAGCGUGAGCAACGUGUGUUCAGAGACCUGUACAGCCGGCACAAGGAAUACCUCACUGGUCUCGUGGGCUCAGAAUUUGAAACGACCCUUCCUGGUACCCUGCGGCUCUUUGUGAAUGGAGAGAUAGUUUCAGCUCAAGGCUACGAGUAUGACAACCUCUAUGUCCGUUUUUUCCUGGAGUUGCCUAACGAGUGGUCGAGCCCUGCAUUCCAGCAGCUCUCAGGAGUGACACAGACCUGUGCCACUAAGACAAUUGGCUCGGAGAAUGUGGCAUACUUCUGCUACCCCUUCACUUUGGAGAUGUUUUUCACCCAAGGAGAUGAAGCGGAAGACACUGUCCCGGAAUGGCCUGUGCUCUACUUUGAAGUCCUCUCCCUGGAUUUCUGGCAAAGGUAUCGCGUUGAAGGAUAUGGUUCUUUGGUGCUGCCAGCAUCUCCAGGUCUCCACAUGCUCACCAUCCCUACCUGGCGCCCUGUGCAGCUGGGGACAGUUGCUGAGCUGAGGAGGUUUUUCAUCGGUGGAUCUCCUGAGCUGGAGGACUUAACCUACAUCAGGAUACCAUCUACUUUUAAGGGAGAACGUCUGAGCCGCUUUGGGUUUCGCACAGAGACAACUGGGAGCGUCACGUUCCGGCUUUACUGCCUGCAGCAGUCUAAAGCCUUUCUGGAAAGCAGUGCCCGGAGGCAGUGCAUGCAGAGUGUACUGGACCGGCUCGGAGGCUUCAGCCACCAGAGCUCUAUCUACAACGUUUUGGAGGCUUUCCAGAGGGCACGGCGCCGGAUGCAGGAGGCACGGGAGAGCCUUCCUCAAGACCUCAUCAGCCCCUCUGCCUCCGCUGUGUGCCAGUCACAGGAGCCAUGAGCAACCGCCUCUGCAGCCUGGGAGCGUGUCACAUCUCUUGGACUCAAGCUCCUGUUGUUCAGCAGGAGUUGCAGUGCUGGUGUCUGGAAGCUUUUGAAGCCCUUCCUUUAUCAUUUUCCAUGGAUGGAGGAAGGAGAAUCUUAGCAUUUCCACAGGUACCUGUGGACGGAGCUCCACUUAUGCAAGGUGUUUUGUUACCAAGACCUAACGAUACAGGCAAUUGCUGACGUUUCUGCUGAGCAGACUGAAAUACAGACAUGUGAAGUCUUUCCAGGAGUUAAAACAGAAAAGGAUUAUAAACAUUCAAAUCUCCAUGACUUGGUAAAUUUAGUUUUCUUCUUACAGAAGAAGGAGAGGUUGAAGGUCAGGGCUGCUUGAGAUGUAAUGAAAUGAGUAGAUAACUUUUUAAGAAGUGCUGAUUAAUCUUUGUUAGCAUUUGUAGCUCUAGGCCAGUCAAUAGUAAAAUGAAUCUGUCUACCUUUGCCUUGAGAUUGGUUCAUUCCUAGAGAACAGCUCUCUGCCAUCUGUGAUGCAUCUUAGAAACAUAGAGUGAUUUGGGUUGGAAGGGACCUCAAAGUCCAUC